UUUGAAGUGUUGCAUGUACUCAGACGAUGUAGUCAAAGUACCCUUUACUCAAAUAAAAAAUAAUAAAACACGUCAAAAUGGAUACAGCAGACCCUGCCAUUGCCCUCAUUCGUCGGGAAAUUGUGAAAAAUCAUCUCGAAGUUGCUGCCUCAAUCCAAGACAUUCAACAAUGCACAGGACCUCUAGAGCUCCUAAACGAAUUGAAUGCAGAGGGCAGAUCAAGAAUAUCAAAAUUAAGAAAUAGCAUUGAUAGUUUAUCGACUCUAGCAGAGACUGAAAUUAAUGCAAAACGGAAGGCCGAAUUGUUGUUAGAAGUUGAUAACAGAAAGAGCCAAUUGUCAAUGGCAUUGGCAGCGUUCAAGAAGGCCAAUAUCGUUGGUGCUUGCGUGAUUGAUAAAAUGGCCAAGGAGGAGUUAUUAUCUACGUCAGAGGAGCAAGAGAUGAUGCUGAGAAAGAGGAGAGACCGGCAAGGCUUUGCUGAUACUGCUAACAAGGCCACUGAUAGACUUUUAAGUAUUUCACGAACACUUGCUGAGACGAAUCAGCGGAGUGCAGAUACCCUUGACACUCUCCUAACAUCGUCAGAUAAGGUCACUGGUACGAAAGAAGAAUUAGAGCAUCAACAGCAGGUGAUAGUUCAAUCAGGAAAGCUCUUGGGGAAGUAUGGGAGACGGGAGGUUACGGACAAAGCUCUGCUCGCAUUGGCGUUCGCCUUCUUCCUCGCUUGCGUUUUUUAUAUCAUUCAGAAGAGGAUCUGGUAGGGGUGUGCACCCGGAGAAAUGAGACAUUUGAGUCGACUAAAAAAUUUUAUUUGAAUUUUUUCUAUUUAUUUCCACAAUACUUUUGUUGGAAAUCAAUGAACUCGUAUGUCUAUUUCGGCGAGAAAGUUUUAAUCAGGUUGAAUAAUUAAUUCAUUCAUUCCACAUGAAAGAUUAUUCAAUGUUGAUGAUGAUUCAAUUUCUAAAUAAUCAAGUCUUUAUUCGGAAAAAAAUUGAAUUAAAUUGAAGUGAAAAGAAAAUAUUUUUUCGAUCUGGAUACAAAUACGAAGGGAACGAACCAUUUCUCUGGGUGUAUCAGGGAUGGAAUAAUGGGGAAAAAAUUAUUGAAUGGAGUCAGAAAUACAGUUAUAUGUGAUAAGAGCCCUUGGCCUCGGUGAUCUCUAAUCUCAGACGUUAGUCGAUAUUUUUUCACCCUGACCCAAUUUCAAUGGCUCGUCAACAACCGUUAACCACAAUUCUAUUUAUGAAGAAAUUUGAGAGAUGAGGAAUGUGAAAAUUUCCUCGAUUUCGGGACCAAUUAUUGGAAUUUAAUUGAGAUAGAGCUGAUGGAAAAAAUUUGGUUUUGAUCUUUCUAUACAAUUUAUAAGAUUUUUUCUACAGAAAUUCCUCCGCUUGCAUUUUCUAAAUAUUUUUGCUUGACUUUUUCAACGAGAAGAAAAAAGGAGUAAAAAAUUAGAAAAUUCAAGCUGAGGAAUUUCUGUAGAAAAAAUCUCUGGAGAAUAGUUUCACUUUCAUUUCUAUAAAGACCCACAGGUUCUAUACAAGACUAAUUACAGGGUCAAAUAAAAAAUUAAAUAGACAAAAAUUAAACAAUUAGACUAUUAAUAUAAUCCGUUUAAAUAAAUAAC